UUGAGAUACGCUUUGCACCCGACUGCAUCCACCACGACGCAGAUAUUGUGUCUGCCGUUCCCCCGGAGUGACUUGGAUAGCCAUUGCGACCGCGCCUUGGGCAAAAUGGAGAGCGCGGCAAAGCGCAAAGCAGCCAGCGCUGCGGCGCCGGAGAGCGAGAGUCGGCCGUCGAAGCGGCAGAAACUGCCGGGCGAUGCGCAACCCGUCAAGGAAACGGUUGAGACGACGACGACCAUGGGCCUGAAGUUCCUGGACAGCCUGAGGGCAGCGAAGGACAAGACCGGCCGCCCGAUUGCGACGCACUUCCUCUCUCUCCCCGACAAGGACGAGCUCCCCGAAUACUACGACGUGAUCAAGCUGCCCAUCGCAAUUGACACCAUCGAGGCUAAACUCAACCGCGGAGUAUAUACAACGCUUGCUCAGGUCGAAAGUGACUGCAAGCGCUUGGUCAACAACGCAAAGGCAUACAACGACAAGAAGUCGCUCAUCUACGAGGAUGCCGAGCGUGUGCGCAAGACGGCGUCCAACUGGAUGGUCAAGCACAACCCCGCCUAUCGAGAUACCAGCUAUCAAGCGGUAGCCACCCCGGUACCUGGCGAGGAGCACUCUCUUCCUGGUCGACUUAUCCCACGAGUUGUUGCAGCUUCGAGCCCGAAGACGCCAGUCCCAGUCCCGGUGGCAGCGCCCACGCCGGAUUCUGCCGCACGUCCUCGACGAGCCGCGGCAGCUCCACAACCCCUUACACCGGCGCCGUCGAAGCUGAGGCAUUCCGCAUCAGCUCCCCCAAAACCAGAACCAGAACCAGUCGAUGACGAUACCCCAGGUUACAGUGGUAAGAGCUUCCAGCAGGCUCAGGAUCAAAUCGUUCGCGAAAUGAUCGAUUACCAAGAUCCACACAGUGAAUUGCAAAUCUUCAUGCCUUUCGUUAACCUUCCCAGUCGGAGUCUGAAAGAUUACUACCAGCUUAUCAAACACCCUAUGUCGCUGUCCGCGGUGCAGAAGAAAGUUCGCGGCGUCGUGGGUCGGAAUCCGCCGACGGGGAAAACUGACUUGAAGAGCUGGCAUGCGUUUGAGAAUGAAGUGAGCUUGAUUUGGACGAAUGCGCGGGAAUACAAUGAAGAUGGUAGUGACAUCUACAAUCUCUCGGUCGAAUUCGAGGAAAUAUUUAAGCAGCGACUUGCCGAAGCAAAGGCCAAGGUCCAGGAGCCACCGCAGCCAAAACUUAAGCUAAACAUGUCUGGGCCGCCCAAGCAACAGAUCAAAAUAAAGCUCCGACAGAGUCCUAGCUCCGAUCCCAACACUCCUGCUGCUCGCAGCUCAGCGACACCAAGCGUCAUCGUAGACAACGAAGCGCUCCUACGGCAGCAGCGACACGUGCAAGAAAGCAUGAACGGCACGCGGUCCUCUCGUCCUUCGUCGUCUGGGAAGGUGCAAACACCUCUGGCUUCCUCUAACCCAUUCAGCGGGCCCAAAGGCGCCUCUUCAUCCGUUCCUCCAUUGAGCUUAUCCCAAUCCAGAACUGCCGGUUCACCUCCGGCCGUGAAUGGCAUCAAGAAUGAUGUGCAGUCUCCGGCGCUCAACUCCAUCCGACCUGCGAGCACGGCAUCUGAUAGUCAAAGUCAAAGACUAAGUGUUCCUGCGCAGACUCCGCAUCCUGUCAUGCCUCCUCCGCGGAGCAUGUCGCGUCCAGCCAGCGGCAGUCCACACCCGACUGGACCGAUUGGUCAACAGACAGGGAGUUAUUCACAGUAUACCACAUCAAAUUACUAUGUUCCGCCAACAACGCCUCAUUUCGAGAAUCUCAGAAAGGCGCCACUAAAGAGCAUAGAUGAAGCACUCAUACCCAAAAUAACGCUCACCACACACCCCGCACUCAAUCUCCCAAAACCUUUCUUCAUCUCCAUUCCUGCUCACAAAGAAAAGACAAGCCACAGCAUCACCAUCUCCCUCGCAUCCUCCCACUCCUACCUCCAAAUUGUGCCCCACAUCCCCGUCGCUCUCACCAACCGUCUCUACCGCCUCUUCGUCAUAGUGAACGGAAACAAGACCUUCGAAGUCAAUCGCGUGCCCGUCACGGCUGGCAUCAACGGCAAUAGCAUAGCUGCGGGAUUCGAAGGCGGUAAGAAAAAAGGCGAGCCCCUUUUCGAGGCAAAGCUAUCCCCUGGUGUGAAUCGGAUCGAGGUUGAGGCUAUUGCGGAGAAGGAUAAAAAGACUGCUGGGAAGACAGAGGGGAGGGAUGGGAAAGAUCCGAAGGAGCAGGUCGAGGUGGAAAAGUGCACGAUUUUUGUGCACUUGAUGAGGGCGUAUUAAAUGCUAGGUCUAGGUUUAGAGUCUGCUAAGGGAAAGAAUGAGGGUGCAAGAGAUUGCGCGGAUUGCAUGGCUCAGGUGUUUGUGUUUUCCAGGUCUCGGGUCCGGCAUAUCACGUUCAUGGGUCUUAAUUACUCACUGGAAGGGAUGGGUGAAUGGAUGGAUGGAGUAUACAGGUGUUAGGACUGUAUAUACCAACCAUCAUGGCAGACAGCAUGAAUAUUCGGGCUUCUCUGUUCCAGGCUGUUUUUAGUAGUCUUUUUUCUAUUUAAUUUUUGUUGGCGGAUGGAUGGAGAUGGACGAAUGUUUACAUACGCAGAUUGAGGAUUGAGGAUUGAAGGUCCAGCGCCCCUUGAGU